UUGACAAUAAAUACUGAACCCUGGUCUCUUUAAAGUCUCAAACAAGAAGCUCUGCUGACUGCAAUCACCAGACUGACUGAAAAGACAAGGUUGACACCUAUAACAGAAAAACAGAAUGAGUUCCCAGUGGUGCAUGCUUUAUUCCAGUGUGCUUGUAGCGCUGUUGUUUGGGGGGCUGACUGAAGCCUGCAGCUGUGGACCCCAACACCCCCAGACUGCUUUCUGUAACUCUGAUGUGGUGAUCCGAGGAAAAAUCGUCGGUUCUGAAGAGGUGAACUUGGAGAACCGUACAGACGGGGAAGGACUGUGGAUGCGCUAUGAGAUUAAACAAACCAAGAUGUACAAAGGCUUUGAGAGCGUGUCAGAUGUGCAGUACAUCUACACCCCUCACGACGGAGGCCUGUGCGGGUUCGUGCCCAGCGACGCCACCAAGCAGAAGGAGUUCCUCUUCUCUGGCAUGCUAACCGCGGGGGACAAGCUGACCGUGACUGUGUGCAGCUUCAUCCAGCCCUGGAGCAAACUGAGCCCUGCCCAGAAGAAAGGGCUCAUGAACACCUACAAGCAGAACUGCGACUGCAAGAUCACGGCUUGUAACUCUGUCCCCUGCACGCUGUCCACUGAAGCGGAGUGCCUGUGGACGGACGGCCUGUUCUCUCGUGACUGGGACCACGUGCAGGCCCAGCUGUACGCCUGCGUUCACAAGGGAGACGCUACCUGUAGCUGGGCAGUGCAGAAACCGGCGCGGCAGGCCUAGGUCCUGCACAUGGCUUCCAAUCGGUAACAGCGACUGCAAUAAUGAAGAUCAGCUUUACUGCUUGAGGACGGCAGAGCUUCUUAAACCUCCUUCCCUUUAAGAAAACUGUCUUGCAAUUGAAAAAAAAAAUCUACUUAAACUUUACCUAUCUGUAACUUGAAAACCAUUUGGAUUGCAAUUUGAUUACAGUUCUGCUGUAUUUUAUUUUAUAGCAGCAUACUUAUACUAGAAAGAAUUGCACUGCUAUUUGCUACUAUUUUUAAAAAAUUGUUAUUGGGAUAGGACUGUCAUAAUUAAAACUGAAUCCUGUGCUGAAAGGAAAACUCACGUCUAACUAUUUACUUAGUUACUUCUGUGCCUUUUUGAUUAAAAUAACAACUGAUUACAAA